AGAAGGAUACAAGAUGAACGAACAGGUGAAGCAUUUCAUAUACCAGACGCUCUGCAAGAUAAACACAAGCUCUACUACAUACAGGGAACAUUAUCAACAUGGGAGAAGAAGCAAAAAGGUAUGCAGUGGUGACGGGAGCUAACAAGGGAAUUGGUUAUGGAAUAUGCAAGAAACUGGGUUUGAAUGGGACAGUGGUGGUGCUAACAGCUAGAAAUGAGAAAAGGGGUUUGGAAGCAGUGGAAAGAUUGAAAGAGUUUGGUCUCUCAGACCUUCUGGUUUUUCAUCAACUUGAUGUCACUGACCCUCCUAGUGUUGCUGCUUUGGCACAAUUCAUCAAAACCAGAUUUGGAAGACUUGACAUCUUGGUACCAGUUUAUAUAUGA